AUGAGUUUCAGACAGAUCUCCUCAUCUUUCAGGAGCAGCAGCAGCGGCUGUGGAGGAGGAGGAGGCAGAGGGGGCAGCGGAGGCAGCAUGCGCUCUUCUUUCAGUCGCUCCUCCAGGGCUGGUGGAGGAGGAGGCCGCUUUAGCUCUUCCAGUGGCUUUGGUGGGGGUGGCUUUUCGGCCUGUGGCAGUGGUGGCGGUGGCAGUUUUGGUUCUAGCUAUGGUGGAGGGUAUAGAGGAGGUUUUAGUGCAGGUAGUUCCAGUGGUAUGUUUGGUGGAGGUUCUGGAGGUGGCUUUGGUGGAGGUUCUGGAGGUGGCUUUGGUGGUGGCUCUGGAGGUGGCUUUGGUGGAGGUUCUGGAGGUGGCUUUGGUGGUGGCUCUGGAGGUGGCUUUGGUGGUGGCUCUGGAGGUGGCUUUGGUGGUGGCUCUGGAGUUGGUGAAGACAGUAUCCUGAAUACCAAUGAGAAAGUCGUCAUGCAGAACCUCAAUUCCCGUCUGGCCUCUUACAUGGAUAAAGUACAGGAACUGGAGGAGGACAAUGCCACCCUGGAGAGGCAGAUCCAGGAAUGGUAUUCAAAGAAGGGGCCCAGAAUCUUCCAGAAGGACUAUUCCCAUUACUAUGGUACUAUCGAAGACCUGAAGGACAGGAUUGUGGAUCUUACAGUGAGGAACAACAAAACACUGGUAGACUUGGACAAUACUCGCAUGACAAUGGAUGACUUCAGGGUUAAGCUUGAGAUGGAGCAGAGCCUGUGCCAAGGGGUGGAAGCUGAUAUUAAUGGCCUGCAGAAGGUAUUGGAUGGUUUGAAUAUGGAGAAAUCUGACCUGGAGAUACAGCUUGAUAAUCUGGAGGAUGAGAUAAAGUCUCUUAAGAAGAACCACAAGGAGGAGAUGAGCCAGCUGACGGGUCAGAAUGAUGGAGAUGUUAGUGUGGAGAUAAAUGUUGCUCCUAGCACAGAUCUCACCCAGGUCCUCAAUGACAUGCGUGAGGAAUACGAACAUAUCAUUUCUAAGAACCGCCAGGACAUUGAACAACACUAUGAGUCCAAGAUGACCCAGAUUGAGCAGCAAGUGACAACUAGUGGCCAAGAGGUGGAGAGCAACAUGAAGCAAGUGUCUGAGCUCCAGCACAACAUCCAGGAGCUGAAUGUUGAGCUGCAGACUCAGCUUACCACGAAAUCAGCCUUGGAGAAGGCUUUGGAAGACACAAAGAACCGCUACUGUGGCCAGCUGCAGCAGAUCCAGCAACAGAUCAGUGAGGUGGAGGCCCAGCUUGCUGAGAUCCGGGCAGAAACUGAGUGCCAGAACCAGGAAUACGGCAUCCUGCUCAGCAUCAAGACAAGGCUGGAGAAAGAAAUCGAGACUUACCGAAAGCUCCUUGAAGGCGGCCAGCAAGACUUUGAAUCUUCUGGAGCUGGACAAAUUGGCUUUGGAAGCGGCAAAGGAAGACGAAGAGGAAGUGGUGGCAGCUCUGGAGGAGGAAGUGGGGGAAGCUACGGAGGAGGAAGUGGAGGGAGCUAUGGAGGAGGAAGUGGAGGAAGCUAUGGAGGAGGAAGUGGAGGCAGCCAUGAUGGAAAAAGUGGAGGCAGCCAUGGAGGAGGAAGUAGGGGAAGCCAUGGAGGAGGAAGUGGGGGCAGCUAUGGAGGAGAAAGUGGGGGCAGCCACGGUGGAAAAGGUGGAGGUAGUUAUGGAGGAGGAAGCAGCUCUGGGGGAGGAAGUGGGGGAAGCCAUGGUGGAAAAAGUGGGGGUAGCCAUGGAGGAGGAAGUGGGGGCAGCUAUGGUGGAGGAAGUGGUUCUGGAGGAGGAAGUGGGGGCAGCUAUGGUGGAGGAAGUGGCUCUGGAGGAGGAAGUGGGGGCAGCCACGGUGGCAAAAGUGGAGGUAGCUAUGGAGGAGGAAGCAGUUCUGGGGGAGGAAGUGGGGGCAGCUAUGGAGGAGGAAGUGGUUCUGGAGGAGGAAGUGGGGGUAGCUAUGGUGGAGGAAACAGAAGGUCAUCUCAGUCCCAGUCCUCAAAAUCUGCUGACUGCGAUGAAGAUUCGCAAGAACACAAGAUGCGAUACUAG